AUGGGUUUCUGGGAUACCAUCACGGACCUCGCUGAGGCCGCCAUGCCUUGGGCCACCGUCGAGGCCGAGGCUCCUGCCGCCGAGGAGAAGGAGGAGGAAACCGCUGAGGAGGAGUCCAAGGAGGAGCCCGAGGCUGAGGAGGAGGAAGCAGAGGACGAGGAGGAAGAGGAAGAGGAGGACGAGGAGGAGACCGUCGACCCCAAGGAGCAGCUCGAGAAAGACUGCGAGGAGUCCAAGGCUUGCGCACCGGCUAAGCACCACUACGAUGAGUGCGUUGAGCGCGUCACCGCAGCUGCCGACAGCGAGGAGGGUGCCAAGGAGGACUGCGUCGAGGAGUUCUUCCACCUCGCUCACUGCGCUACUCAGUGCGCCGCCCCCAAGCUCUGGGCCAAGCUCAAGUAA